AUGUGUACACGUCAUGUUUUUCAUCAGGCUUUAUGGAAGCCAGGAAAAGGUAUCAGGGGUAGACUAGCCAUUUUCUUCCCACAGUUUUCCAAUUUUGGUUCACUGGAGCAACCUGGGUUUGCUAGAAGUAGAAUGUGGUCAUUAGACAGCUCGUCUUCGCCUUUGCCCCCUGUGACCAAUCAAGCAACUGUGGAUAUUAUGCUUAAAUCCACAGAAGAGGAUCUGAGAACUUGGCCGCAUAGUGAAGUGCUGGUUGAGGGCUUGGAGACACUUGACUACUUUUACAAUCUGUCGCAAAGAGAGAGGUACACAGAGCAGGCAGAUGCAAUUACUUUUCACGAUUGA